GAGAUAAUAAACAGAUAAAAUGGUUCUUAAAAUUUUGAAAGCAGAAUUUUGUUUUAAGAAAUUAGGGUUUGGGGAUGUUCAUCCUGGCAGAUUUGUAUAUUCUCAGUGGCGAUUACCUCCCUUGAUUUAUCUAAUCUAUCGACUAGCACUUGCAGCCUAUGCAGAUUACUGGAUAAUUGAAACAGGUACUAUGAUGGAGAAUAUGAGAUGGCAGAAUAUGUCAAAUGGUAGCAGUCAUAUGUUCAUUGAAUAUUCCUUUCCUGUCUAUCUGACAAACUGGACCUACCUAAUGCUUUGUUUAUAUUUGACUCUACAUUUUUUGUUUGCAUUAUUUCAUUACUGCAUUAAGUUUAGGACUUCAAAUAUGCUCUCUAGACCCCAUGCUGAAGGACAUCGUGCAUUGUUCAAUGAAUUGACCUUGACUCCAACUUUUUGGGAUGAAGAUCGUAAUUCAGAGGAGACAGAAGAUGCUAUUGUUAAAUUGUAUUCCUUGCCAUGGUACUUUAAACUGACAUGGAUUUUUUAUACCAUUGCUACUACAGCUUCUGUCAUGGUGACAUUCAUGUUUUUUGCAUUUUUGUGGCCACAAUUUGACCACAGUAAAGGAAUUGACAUGAUAAACUUACAGCUACAUGGCAUAAAUUCUGUGAUCGUUUUCGUAGAUCUUCUUAUCAACGCAGUACCAGUUAGAUUAUUACAUGCAGUAUAUGCAAUAAUUUAUGGCCUGAUUUAUAUCAUAUUUACUGCCAUAUUUUAUGGUGUGGGUAAUCACAGUCCAAUAUAUCCACAUGUAUUGGAUUGGAGACGACCUGCAAUUACAAUUGGUGUGGUCGUUGGUGUAGCAAUAAUUGCUGUCCCAAUUGUUCAUUUAGUCUUGUUUGGUAUUCACAGAUUGAAAGUUCAAAUUUAUCAUAAAAUUACACCUUGGUCUACCUUAUGAGUUUCAUUCAUAAAAAUUAUAAAGAAAAAUGUGAAAUAUCUUGUCAUACAAUGUACAUGUUACUAUAUUGGGAAAUUUUCCUGCCAUUUUGUUCUAAUGGUUUUAGCCUUAGAAGGAGCAGCUUAAUAUUUCCUGUGUUCAUCGUUCACAUUUGACAGCUUUGUACAUGUAUGUACAAAGCAUUUGAAAGGACAGUGAAGUGUAUGCUAAAGAUAAAUUGCAGUGCUCUCGAAAACUGGUGUUCUUGAUAAACAACUUAAAGUUUGUAAUGGUUUGACUUCUAUUCUUUUUUUAAAUUAGGCUUUCUGGUAUUUAGUAUAGAUCUUAAUUACAAUGUAUAUAAAUAUUUGAUAUGGAAGAUUUGCACAACAAUUAUAUGACUAUUGUGAAAAUCUUAUUAAUUUUAAUCUGUGGAAAUAGAAUUGUUUUUUACUGCAAACACAGGACCACCAGAGAACUCUAAAAUAAUGGGGUAAUUUACCUUCUAUGGAAGAUUAGACAAACAGGAAAAUUUCUCGAUAUACAAAUGUAAGGACAGGUAUAUAGUCAUGAUAGUUCUACAUCUAUAGUGAUAGUACUAUGUAUUUAUAAUCAGGUCCUAACUAAAUUGUUUUUAUCAUAAUGUGUUAUGAAUUAUCUCUAAUUUCCAAUAUUUGAACUUUACUUUUGUAUUUUGUAAAAAGGAUUCAGAAGGAAAACAGGCAUUUAACAUUAAAAUAUAUUUAUGACUAGACAUAUGCUUGAUACAUACAUGACAUAUGCAUGUAUUUGAACUAAUGGAUGGACCUAGAUAAUAGAUUAUACUUAUUUUUCCUUGUAUUACAUAUUCUAACAAACUAUAAGCAUGAUAUACAAUGUAUAGGAUAUUUAUGUACAAUACUGGCAUGCAAAUGUACACCCUUACAAUUCGGACAUGUCCAUUCAGUAAACCUAUUACCAACAACCUAGUAUUGGAUACUCUUUGAUGGGUUAACAUUUAGGCCAAACAAAUUUGUGCAAAAAUAAUAUCCCCUGGCAAAAUCUCAAAUUCUCUGAAUAGUCAUAUAUCUUAAUGGCUUUUGGAAAUAUAUAUACAUAAUUGAUAAUCUUUUAAUAAUCAGAACUUAGUAAUCAAAGUCUUGUUUUUAUUUUUUUUUUUCUCAACAACAUGUCAUGCAUGUGGAACUUGUUUAUGAUUUGUCGUAGAUUACCAUACAUUUUUGUAAUUACUGAUCAUUAUUGUGACCAAUUCAGUGGUUUCAUUCAAAUUGUUUUUUUUUGUGGCUGUGGACCCUAUUAGAAUUUUUGUGGUCUACAUGUAUGUUUACAAAAAAAUGUAAAUCAUUACAUUGUAAUACAUUUGUACAUGUUUUCAUAUUAUUGAUAUAUAUUUUGAGAUCUAUAUUAUUUAAAUUUAUAUUUAUUAAUUAUUAAUGUACCUAACAUUUGGCAAUUGUAACUUUUUAAAUGUGUUUGUAAUUGCAUAAUGUGUGGCAUUGCCUAUAUGAAGUUUUUUUGUAAACUGUAUUUAAUUGUGUGAUUUUGGUAAGACAAAUAUUAUUUUAUUUUAACAUAAUACAUAGAGGUGCAGAAUCAGAUGUGGCCUUUUCAAUCUUAACUCCACUUACCAUUGCAAAAGAAGGUGGAUCUUCACCAUUGCUAACUCAUGCUUCAAUUACUUUGAGAAUAUGCUUUUGGUGGUGAAUAAUUUUUAGACAGAUUUAACUUUUGUUUAAAAAUAUUGUUUCUUAUCAUGCUUAUAUCCAUUUUAUUUUGUAUUAGUCAAUGUUUUAUUACUUCAAUUAAUGAACAAAGAUGCAAUUAUUUGUACAUGUAAGGGAUUAAAAUCAUAAUGAUGAAUAUUUCUCGGAAAAGUUUUGGUACUGUAUUUGGCAAAACCUUUUUGUCGAGCCUUCGACUUUAGUCGAAAAAGCGAGACAUAGUGAUCCUACAUUCCGUCGGCAGCGUCCACAAAUAUUCACUCUGUGGUUAGAGUUUUUGAAAUUUUAAUAACAUUUUUAAACUAUCCUGGAUUUCUACCAAACUUGGACAGAAGCUUAUUUAUGAUCAUAAGAUAGUAUCCAGAAGUAAAUUUUGUAAAAAUAAAAUUCCAUUUUUUCCGUAUUUUACUUAUAAAUGGACUUAGUUUUUCUGCUGGGAAAUAUUACAUUCACUCUGUGGUUAAAGUUUUUUAAAUUUUAAUAACUUUCUUAAACUAUCCUGGGUUUGUACCAAACUUGGACAGAAGCUUGUUUAUGAUCAUAAGAUAGUAUCUAGAAGUAAAUAUUGUAAAAAAAUAAAUCUAUUUUUUCCGUAUUUUACUUUUAAAUGGACUUAGAUUUUCUGCCAGGAAACAACACAUUAACUCUGUGGUUAAAGUUUUUAAAAUUUUAAUAACUUUCUUAUACUAUUUUGGAUUUGUACGAAACUUGGACAGAAGUUUGUUUAUGAUCAAAAGCUUGUAUCUAGAAGUAAAUUUUGUAAAAAAAUAAAUCCAUUUUUUCUGUAUUUUACUUUAAAAUGGACUUUGAUUUUCUGCCAGGAAACAACAUAUUCACUCUGCGGUUAAAGUUUUUAAAAUUUUAAUGACUUUCUUAUACUAUUUUGGAUUUGUACGAAACUUGGACAGAAGUUUGUUUAUGAUCAAAUGCUAGUAUCUAGAAGGAAAUUUUGUUUUCUUCCAGUUAACAUUACAUUCAGUCUGCAGUUAAAGUUUUUAAACAUUUAUUAGAUUCAUAAACUAUCCUGGAUUUUUACCAAACUUGGACAGAAGCUUCUUACAAUCAAAAGAUAGUAUCAAGAGGAAUAUUUUUAUUGAUUUACUUCCUCAUUUUUGUCGAGCCUGCGAUUAACAGAAAAAGUAGGCGAGACACUGGGUUCCGCGGAACCCUUACAAAUUUUUUGAUUUUUGGGCACUAAGUAAAAGCUCCUUAACUUCAAACUUUAUUUUGCCUUUUAACUUUUUUUUCAAUCGAGCGUCACUGAUGGGACUUUUGUAGAGGAAACGCAUGUCUGGUGUACAAACUGAUUAGCCUGGUAUCUUAUAUCAAACAAAAAAGUUCCGAUUUAAUUUUUAGACAAUUGAUGUUUCAGCAUGUUCAACCAGGUUAUUCUCAUGUUUAAAUACAAUUGCAAUUUUUUUUGAGGUAACAAUCUGCUCUUUCACCAACUCAGCUUUGAGAUAUUUAUAUAAUAUGUUUUCAUUCAAGAAAGGAUGACCAUCAAUUUUAAUGGUUCAAUAAACACUGGGACACGGUAAUCAGCAAACCUUAUGAAACAUAUUAAUUUAUAGUUUGUCAUAAUAUCAUUAUAGAAUCUGGGAAAAUUAAAUGUCAUAAUAAUUAAUAAUAAUAUAUUUUUUUUUCAUUUCACCCAAAGGACAUUUUUUGUUAUUUAUGUUCAUCAUGAAACUGCUUAAAUUCAGCUUUUAUUUUCUACCUACCCCCUAAUUGAAAUAAUCUUUGAUUUUUUUUUGCUCAUUUUAAUCAGCUAUUUAUCUCAUAUUACUGGCCUACAAAUGAAUAUGUAUACAUUUAAUUAGAGAUCUGUGGCUUUUUCUGUGCACAAGGCCAAAUAAAAAUAUGUAUGUUUAUAGUUUCUUACUUUAGAAAAUAAGAGACUUUUUUCUAUUUUGCUCAAAUGUGAUACCAUGAGUAUGUGGGGACCACCAGCAAUUUUGUCACAAUUCGUUAACAAAAAAGCCAAUAAAAACUACACAUUAAAAAAAAAUAGUAAGUAGGAAAAUCCUUAUCUAUUAUGAUAUAUUUUGGCCUAAGUCAUCCUUGAUACUUGGUUCUAGAGUACAUUAUUUUAAAUAAAAUAUAUUUACUCAGUAACUUUUUUUUAGCAUGUUUAAAAGAUUGUAUACUCAUUGUUUUAUAUAUUGUAUCUGUUAAUGUUUUGUAUACAAAAUCAGAAUAAAAUAUGAAUUAGAUAUUUACUGUUAUGUUAUACUAUUUACACAAUAAGUUGGCUUCAAUUAUUUAUUUGACAAAAUACUGUAAAUUCAGAAUUGUGAAUCUUCAACAAUGGACAAAAAUGUGAAGUUAAUUUAUGGGAUUCCAGUACAUAUUGUUUAAUAAACAUAUUUACACUUUU